ACCCACUGAUCAGUAGACAAACGAUCGUCCAGCGAGAUGCACCUGCUGCUCCUCCUCCUCUGUGUUCCACUGACUCUGGGCGAGGUGCUGCCCCUGCAGCCAGAUUUGGACAACAUUCAGUUGACCAUCCGGCGGAGCGCCAAUCGCGGGGACAAGCUUCAGGUGUUCCAGAGCAUCUGGGGCGCCAUCCGCUCCGACUUCGCCACGGACACGGACAAGGUGAAGGGCCUGUACAGCCAGCUGGGCACCUUCAUCCGCGACGAGAUGCAGUGCACCAGUGGUGCGACGGGUCGCUCCGCCUGCGAACUGCAGCAGGAGGUGCGGCGCCACCUGAGGAGCCUCAUGUCGCAGCGCCUGGCCAAUCUGCUGAACGCCGAGGAGAGCAUCCAGACCUACGGCAUGUAUGUGGCGGCUAGUGUGGAGCCAGCCCUGGUCCGGGAUGUCCUGGUGAACGCCAUCGAAGAUGUGUACUUCUAUCGGCCGCCGGACAAGCUGGUUCAGCAGCUGGAGCAACUGUUCGCGGAUCGCGACGAGGUAAGCUUCAGGAUGAUGAUCGAGGCGCAGCUGACCCUGUUCUGGCGGUACCAGGCCAUGCAGGACAGCAGCGAGUCGUUCCUCUUCAACAUGGCCCAUAUGGUCAGCAAGAUAAGGACCCAUCACAUGUACGCCAGCGUGGAUGCAGGCCUCCAGAGGCGGCUGGCGGCGCUGGCUAGGAGUCUGCCACCUGUGCUGGGCCUGCUCUUCAAUCCGAUGGGCUUCUGCCUGCUGAGUCGCUCCGAUCGCGAGUACAUAUACACCACCAUAACGGACGAGUGGAACUAUGGGCUGAACGGCAGACAGGUCUUCGCCUGGCACGAGCAGAACUACACCGACUCCGCGGGCCUGAUACGCGCCUUUGUCCAGGAGCAGCACUCCACUCCGGUGUUCACGCUGCGCGGCGAGCUCUACAAAUGGUACUAUUACGUGGACCCCACCGAGGGCAAUCGACUGGGAGCCCUGCGGUCCGGCAGUCCCAGUUCGUCGACCAGUUUCUGGUCCAUCGCCUACGUGGAGGACGCCCUCAUCUUCCGGCAGCGCGACCUCACGCUGUGUGCCGCCGAAAAGCAUGACAACGAGCGCCGACUGGUGAAGAUGCUGCCUGGACAGAUGCACAUGCCUCCUUCGGAGGCUUGCCAAUGGCUGCCGAUCGACUGUGCUCCUCCAAAAUGAGCGGGAUGGAUGUACUUUAACGCUAUGGACUUGUAUUUGGUUUUCAAGGGUGUUUAAUAAAUACUAUUCAUAAA